UAUAUGGUUAGUUUACAAUCAACGUAAUAUUUUGGAAUUUUUUCGCGGUUUGCAUUUUAUGUAUUUACAACGAUUGUAAAAGUGUAUCUAUUAAUAUAGCGAUAUCGCAUAUUAACUGCGCCAUAUAUCUACUUGUCAGUUCAUUAUCAUCAGUUAUCAUUGUUUAAAUAAUAGCUUUUUACUUAAACGUAUGUGUAUUUUUCAACAUUCGUAUUGGAAGACGCAUCAAGAGACGAUACAGGAAAAUCAGGAUGGCAUCUGCUCAGGUAAAAGAACUGGUAAACUUAUACAAAUCGUUAGCUGCACAUCCAUCUUUAAGCAGUGCACGGAUCCUGGGUGUUGCGAAUAGAUUAUCCAUACAGGGCUUAUGGACACAGAGAAAUCUGGAGAGGAAGACGGACCAACGUUUCUUACAGAAAUAUGACUUAAAUUCAGACCUAACUCCAAUCUCAAGUGGAUUUCCAGUUGACGUUACCACAGAGCUCAUGUCUACUUUGACAAAAAAUGAAGAACAUAGAGCUGUAUUGCGACAAGCUACAAUUGAUAAUUCUACAAAGCAAUUUAUAGAAAUUUGGGAUAAGCAACAUAUCGUGAAGAAUUAUGAUUUAUCUGCUUUGGAUGUUCAUGGCGAUGUUUAUACAGAUGUCGAAUUCCGAUCGUUUGAAUGGUCUCCUGAUAAUACUAAAGUAUUAUAUAUAGCAGAAAAGAAGCUUCCUAAGUCAGAACCGUUUUAUAAGCAAAAGCCAUUAGAUAAGAAAGAUAAGGAGAAGAAAGAAGAUGAAGAAGCAACAGUGGGUAAUGAAUAUAUCUAUAAGCCACAUUGGGGAGAGCAGCUGGUAGGAAAACAUCGACCUGUUGUUGUAGUUCUUGAUACAACAACAGACAAUAUUACGGUUUUAUCUGGAAUACCAGAUGAGCUUUCCCCUGGUCAAGUGAUUUGGACAAAAGAUCAGGAUGUAGUUGGUGUUGCUUGGAAGCACGAGCCACAAUACCUAGGACUAGUUGCAUGCACUAACAGAUAUUCCUGGAUAUUUUUAUUGAAAAAUGGAGAAUAUCGGAAAUUAUCUGACGAUGAAUGCGCUGUGCACAGCCCUAGAAUUAGCCCUGAUGGAAAUUAUCUUGUUUGGUUACAGAGGGAGGCUGGUGCUCUCCCGCAUCAUAAUGCACAUGCGCUUAUGCUACGAGACUUGAGAAUAGAGAAAAAUCAUAUUAAUCAAAUUGUGGAAAUAGUACAAAUGAGCAAGACAAUUAAUCACAACAAGCAUUUUUAUGGGAUAUAUGGUCGUUUGCCUUAUCAUUGUUGGAGUGAUGAUUCUCAGUACUUAUUUUUCAGUACACCGCAAAGAAACAAUAUCGUUUCAUAUAUUGUUAAUAUAAAAACAAAGGAUGUUACUGAAAUAAAAAACAAUGGAAGUAGCCUUAGUAUACUGGAUGUAAAAGGGGAUAUAAUUGCAUUUUUAAAUACCUCCUUAACACAACCUGCUAGUCUUAUGGUAGGUCGUUUUAAAAGUAAAACAGCAAAUAUUGGUGAUAUCCCUAGAAUUACAAUUACAACUCCAAUAAAAAUUGAUGAGCUUAAAGAAAUUAUGUAUGAAUCUAAUGAAUAUGUUUAUAACAAUGAUGACAGCAUAAAGCAAUUUAAUUUUAUUUACUUUGGUCCGAAAAGUGGUAAAGAUAAAUCAGUUCCUUUUGUAGUGAUACCACAUGGAGGUCCUCAUAGCAAUUUCACAAACGUAUUUUCGUUGGAUCACUCUUUCUUGGUAUCAGCAGGUUUUGCGGUAAUACAAGUAAAUUAUCGUGGUUCAACGGGAAUGGGUAGUGCGACUGUAGAAUACCUUCAAGGAAAAGUUGGAGACGUAGAUGUGAAGGACUGCAUAACUGCUACACAAGAAGCAAUCAAAAAAUAUCCUUGGCUCGAUCCUGAACGCAUAGGUCUUUGCGGUGGAUCUCAUGGUGGAUUUUUGGUAACACACUUAAGUGGACAAGCUCCGGAUAUGUACAAAGCAGUAGUCGCGAGAAAUCCGGUAAUCGAUAUCUCCAUCAUGUUCGGCAUAUCGGAUAUUCCAGAUUGUCGCAAUACUCUGACUAAGGAAGAAAAAAUAGCGUAUCUUCAUAAUGUGUGCGCUGUAGAAGCAGGUUUCUCUUACGUUGUUAGCGGUUCGUGGCCCGAUAACAUCGACAUGUUCGUAAAAAUGAAGAAAUGCUCGCCAAUUUUCCACAUCGAUAAAGUUAAGGCGCCUACUUUGAUUUGUAUUGGAACGAAAGAUUUGCGAGUACCAUCCUCUCAAGGAACAAUGUGGUACCAUCGGCUCAAAACUAAUAAAGUGAAAACUAAAAUGCUCGUAUACGAGGACAAUCAUCCAUUAUCAACUGGACCAGCUGAGAUUGAUCAUAUUAUCAACGAUUGUCUGUGGUUACUCGAGCAUACAUCUAUACGUACAGAAUUCAAAGACAAGAAAUAAAUGUUCAUCUUGCAACAUUUUUUUACAUGUGUAUAUAUAUAUCUAUAAGUCUUUAUUAUCACAAAUUGGAUAUUUACAUAUUAUUAUUGCAUACAUUUUAUAAAGAGACUUAUAUAACAUUCAAUCUCAAAAAUAUACACGCACACGCCUAUAAGGUCUAUAUUGUUAUAAAAUUUUUAUACUUUUAUAGAUACAAAAAAGUUGUUACAUACAUAUCCACGUGUAUACCUAAAGAUAUAUCAUUUAUCAAAAAGCAUGCUACAAUAUAGCAAGUUUACGUAUUAUUUGUUUUGUGAAUGUAUCUAUGAACACAAUAGAUUCCAUUAGAUUUUUUUCUUUGAUAUAAUUAAA